UGUGCUGAUGUUCAUCCCCUUCAACUCCCUUCUUGCUCAACUGUCAAAGCUGAAGCUUCCAAUCUCAAGAACCAAAGAGCUUCACGCUUUCAUAAUCAAGACUCAUCUCUCACACGACCCAUUUUACGCUACAAGAAUUAUAAGAUUCUAUGCUCUAAACAACGACAUCAUCUCAGCACACAACCUGUUUGAUAAAACUCCUCACCGAAGCAUUUACCUCUGGAACUCCUUAAUUCGAGCUUAUGCUAGAGCCCACAAAUUUAGAAAUGCAUUUUCGCUGUUUAAUGAUAUGCUUCAUUCUGAAAUAAUGCCUGAUAAUUUCACUUAUGCAUGCCUUGUAAAAGCCAGCUCUGAGAAUUUUGAUUUGCACAGCUUAAGAGUUUUACAUGGAAGGGUUGUUCUAUCUGGGUUGCAGUUGGAUUUUAUCUGUAGUAGUCAACUGGUAAGUGCUUAUUCAAGAUUAGGCUGUAUAGCUGAUGCAAGAAAGGUGUUUUCUGGGAUAGCGGGGCCGGAUUUGGUCCUAUGGAAUUCAAUGAUAUCAGGUUAUGGGGGUCUUGGGGAAUUGGAGAAGGGGAUAGAGUUGUUUAGUGAAAUGAAGAUAAUGGGGGUGCGGCCUGAUGAGUACUCAAUGGUAGGCCUGAUUAUGACUAUAGAUGAUCCCAGUGUGCUGAAUAUAGGUGAAGCAAUCCAUGCAUUUUGUUUAAAACUUGGUGUAGAGUCGAAUGAUCAUGUAAGCAGUCUUCUUGUUAGUAUGUAUUCUAGGUGUAAAUGUAUGGGUUCAGCAUUUAGCGUCUUUGAUAGUCUUGUAGAACCUGAUUUAGUUACAUGGUCUGCUUUAAUAAGUGGUAUUUCGCUGUGUGGGGAUAGUGUCAAGGCCUUGGAUUUCUUCAGAGAAAUGAAUAUGAAAGGUGGGAAGGCAGAUGCAUCACUGAUUGCCACUGUACUGACUGCUUGUUCUCAGUUGGCAAAUGUGCAGCCAGGCAUUGAGACACAUGGUUAUGCAUUUCGACAUGGAUAUCACUCGGAAGUUAUGGUCUCCUCUGCUCUACUUGACAUGUACUCGAAAUGUGGGUUCUUGGAAUUGGGAUAUCAAGUUUAUGAGACUAUGGUUUUCAAGAAUAUUGUUUCAUACAAUUCAAUUAUUUCAAGUCUUGGUUUAUAUGGACUUGCAUCUCAGGCCUUUGAGAUAUUUGAGAAGGCAGUGGAGGAAGGGCACAAACCUGAUGAAGCUACUUUUUCUGCACUUCUUUGUGCAUGUUGCCAUGCUGGUCUUGUCAAUGAUGGUCGGGAAUAUUUCAGAAGAAUGAAAGAUCAAUUUUGCAUCUCAGCUAACACCGAACAUUAUAUUUACAUGGUAAAGCUUCUUGGAAUGGAAGGACAAUUAAGAGAAGCUUAUGAACUUGUUCAGUCUCUGCAAGAACCAAUUGACUCUGGCAUUUGGGGGGCACUAUUAUCAUGCUGUGAUGCUCAUAGAAAUUAUGAGGUCGCAGAUAUUGUAGCUUGUCGUCUUUUUGGGAAUAAGCUAGAGAAUAAUAGUUACAGAAUUAUGCUUUCAAAUAUGUAUGCUAGUGAUGGGAGGUGGGAUUUGGUAAAUAAGUUGAGAGUAGAUUCUGGAUUAACAAAGUUGAAACUUCCUGGAAAAAGCUGGAUUACUAGUAAAAAACAUUCCUUUGAAAGGAACUCUUGAGGUGUCUUCUGCGACAUCUUUCACGAGUUAACAGUUGCUGAAUCUAGGAUCAGAAGCUGCGAGAGGAGGUAGGAUCAAUCUAAUUUCC